UUACGUCGGCGAGCGGAAGGGUAGUGACGCAGAGGUGCUGCUAACGGACAGAACAUUUUCUACCGUCAAGAUGGCGACAUCGGAGCCGAAAGCACCAGUAGCUGAAGAUCAACAACCUCAACUUGUGAAUCCUGAACAGUAUAUCAAACACCCCUUGCAAAACAGGUGGGCUCUUUGGUAUUUUAAAAACGACAAAAGUAAAGGCUGGACGGAGAACCUGCGCCUCAUUUCCAAGUUUGAUACGGUGGAGGACUUUUGGGCAUUAUACAACCACAUACAGCAGCCGAGCAGACUUGGAUUCGGGUGUGAUUACAGCUUAUUUAAGGAUGGAAUCAAGCCAAUGUGGGAAGACGACAGGAACAAGUUGGGCGGUCGAUGGCUGAUGACCCUCACCAAACAGCAGAGACAUAAUGACCUUGACCGCUACUGGAUGGAGACGCUCUUGUGUUUAGUGGGUGACUCCUUUGAUGAGGCCAGCGAAGACGUGUGCGGCGCUGUGGUCAACGUCAGACCCAAGGGGGACAAGAUCUCCAUCUGGACAAGCAACUGCCAAAAUAGGGACGCCAUCCUCACGAUAGGACAAGUCUACAAAGAGCGCCUGAACAUCCCCAUCAAAGCUAUGCUCGGCUACCAGUCCCAUGACGACACGUCCAGCAAGAGUGGCUCCACCACCAAGAAUAUGUAUUCUGUGUAAAAACAAAAAAAAUCUUUUAAUUUCAACUUGGCUGUAGAUUUAAACAAUUACAAAACCGCAUCACAACAUGAAUACUUUGAGUUGUACUACUACUGUUGUGUCCUUCCUCUUAACUGAGCUCUGGAGCUUCAGCCGUUGUCAGAAAGGUGUGAAACUGCGACGCAAGAACACAGAUCAUUAACUUUUGCAUUGAAUCAUGGAUAAUUUAGUUUAGCGGACAAGCGCUCUCACAGCUAGAAACGGUUUCAGUUGGUAAAAAAAAAAGAACUGGACUGCCUUGUGUUCAUCACUUCUUAAGUGUUUCUCACCGCUCACCGAAAAUGGUAGGCAACUGUCCUUUUUCAGAACAAAAUUUUAAGGACAAUUUUAACUUGAUUUUUUUUUUUUUGAUGUGUUGAAGAGCUGAAUAUCAGAUGCACCAGCUUGAUGAAUCUACAGUAUCUUAGGGGUUUGUAAAAAGUCGUGGUCACACUCCAAAGUGUUGGAUUCAAGGCCACUUUUUGUUUCAGCCAUGCUGGAAUUGUGGAAUAAUGCUUGUAGUUGAUUUUUUUUCCUUCCGAUUUCCUCCCUUUUACAUUUAUUUAUAAUGUAUGCAUCGCUGACAAAGUAGUUAAGAUCACUCUUUUUUUUCUCUUUUGUUAAAGCUAACAUUGGAUCGCGUGCACAUUUAUGACGGUGUACCCACAGUAAAGACAGAUUUUUGUGCUUUUCACUGUUCUCUUCCUAACAAAACUGUAGAUACCGCUCUCUUGGUUUGACGCGCGGGAAAGAUAAUAUUCAUUGUGAACUGAUUUUGCUCAUCUUGUAUCUUUAUUAUCUGUUAUUCCAGGAUGUAUAUUACCUUCUUUCAAGUAAAGGUUAAAUGCUUUGCAUUAAAAACCA